UGCCUCUUCUCCGCCGCUCUGGUCGCUCGGCUUCCGUAGCUGAUGCUGGAGAUUGGGGGGGGGGGGGUCUCGGGUUAUCGAUCAGCCGGGUGUACACCCGAUUCUGCAGCUCGGACCCGCGGGAGCCCCUCCCCUUUUCGCCGGCAACACAUAGAGCAACAAAGUAUCAACCGGGAAGAUGCGGAGCCGGGCCCCGGGGAGAGGAGCGAGCCGGCCCGACGACAUGGAGCCCGGGAGGACGAGGUGACGGCCGCCCGCCUGGACCUGGACCAUUUGCGGACAGUGCUGGGCUCCCACCCCUGAGGGGCUGAUGGUUUCCAGUCCGCCCACCUCCACUUCAGAAGAUGACCAGGCUGCUGCUGGGCGUCACUCUGGAGAGGAUCUGUAAGGCCGUGCUCCUCCUCUGCCUCGUGCACUUCGUCAUCAUCAUGAUCCUCUACUUCGAUGUCUAUGCUCAGCGCUUGGACUUCUUCACCCGCUUCAAUGUCAGGAACUACUCGCGGCUUCACCCAUACUACAACUUCACCAGGCCUAAUGGCACUGUGCACAGCUAUGCCGCAGCUGUCCCCUCCACUGCCGAGACCUGCACUGCCAGCGCCAAGGUGGAUCCUAAUCAGACGGCGACUGAGAGGCCUCUUCCUCCAUGUCCAGACUCUCCGCCGGGGCUGGUUGGCCGCCUGUUGAUUGAGUUCAGUUCCCCUAUGAGUAUGGAACGGGUGCAACGAGAGAACCCGGACGUGACGGAGGGCGGCAGAUAUGCGCCUAGUGACUGCCAGCCCAAAGAGAGGGUGGCCAUUAUCAUUCCAUUCCGACACCGGGACCAUCACCUCAAGUAUUGGCUCCACUAUAUCCACCCCAUCCUGCGCCGCCAGAAGGUGGAAUAUGGCAUCUACAUCAUUAAUCAGUUCGGGGAGGAGACGUUUAAUCGCGCGAAGCUCCUGAAUGUCGGAUUCCUGGAGGCGCUGAAGGACGCAGAAUACGACUGUUUUAUUUUCAGCGACGUCGAUCUCAUCCCCAUGGACGACCGCAAUCUCUACCACUGCUACGAGCAGCCGCGCCACUUUGCUAUCGCCAUGGAUAAGUUCGGUUUCCGGCUGCCGUACGCCGGAUAUUUCGGAGGAGUUUCUGGUCUGAGUAAGCUGCAGUUCCUAAAGAUUAAUGGAUUCCCGAACGAGUACUGGGGCUGGGGAGGAGAGGACGACGAUAUCUACAACAGGAUCACAUUGAACGGGAUGAAGGUUUCCAGACCCGACAUUCGCAUCGGACGUUAUCGGAUGAUCAAACACGAGCGAGAUAAGCACAACGAGCCCAACCCCCAGCGGUUCACAAAGAUCCAGAACACGAAGGUGACGAUGAGGAAGGACGGGAUCAACUCGCUGCGCUACCAGGUUGUGCACUUCGCCAAAUGCCCCAUGUACACAAACAUCACAGUGGAUAUUGGGAAGCCCCCGCCGCGGCCGGUGCGGGGGUAGGGCCCGGUCAUCCGCUGCACCGGUACAGCAUGGUGGGCUUCCCUGCACUUGGACAAUGACCCCCUGUCACCGCACGCGGCUCACAGGGCGUCACCAGAAGAUUGUAGCAGCCGCCAGCGGGAUCUACUGUGAUCUGCCCAGGAGGGCCGCCAGCGGGAUCUACUGUGAUCUGCCCAGGAGGGCCGCCCCCCGCUCACUGGAUGCUGGGGUCUUUUUUAUUUUUGGAAGCUGCCAAAUGGGGCAAUUGUUCAAGACUCCAGUUACCUCCAGAGCUGCAUUCACAGUUCUGUCGGUUUAUUAUGGAACACACCGCACACUAUGAUCUGCUGCCUUGCACCGCGUGGCUGCCGCCAUCUACACAGGGGGACUCUGGGGUGCUCUGGGGCCCCCAAACUGGCCAUAAUAGUCAGCCCCAUGAGGAAUGUAGACCGCAGCGGGGGGGGGGAAGACGUGACCGUCCAGGUGGACGCGGCCUUCGUGGUGGCUGCAGCGUCUUUCACCGCGGGGAGCACAACGGACGGGGUUACAGGACAGACACCGACCUUUGCCCUCUGCGUCUCCUGCAGUUAACCCUUUGCUCCGCCCCAAUCUUCAUGCUUUUUUUAGAUUUUUUUUUUCACAAUUUUCUGUAUCUGAUAUAAAGACGCGACGUGCAUGAGAUCCCCGGAGCGCCGCCGCCGCCGCCGUGCAUGUGACGCAUAUAGCGACUCUACUGCUGGCCAGUGCCCGCCGGGGGCCACAGUUCCUGUUUUGUAGCUUUCGGGUGACAAUUCUAGGCCCACCGUUUGCGGAAGAAGACCACCGACGGCGGUGCGAGGUCCGGUGACGUGGCCGCCACUCCUCUGGACAUUUAGAUGAACAGCCUUCAGCACACGGGCGCGGUGUUUCCGCAGCCGAUUUGAGCAGCACCGGAGAAAUGGCGUUACGUCUUUCAGGCAGAGUUUGCCACAUUCCCCAUUGACAUCAAAGAGGAAGAAAAAAAGCUCUAAAGCCAACUGUACUCCACUCACAGCCAGAGCUGCACUGACAAAUCUGAUGUUACAUUGUGUCUUAUACUCCAGUCACCUCCAGAGCUGCAGUCACAAUUCUGCGAUUAAUCAUGUCUAUAAUCCAAUCACACCCAGAGCUGCAGUCACAAUUCUGCUGUUACAUCAUCUUAUACUCCAGUCACCUCCAGAGCUGCAGUCACAAUUGUUACAUCAUGUCUUAUACUCUGGUCACCUCCAGAGCUGCAGUCACAAUUCUGCUGUUACAUCAUGUCCUAUAUUCCAGUCACCUCCAGAGCUGCAGUCACAAUUCUGCGAUUAAUCAUGUCUAUAAUCCAAUCACACCCAGAGCUGCAGUCACAAUUCUGCUGUUACAUCAUGUCCUAUAUUCCAGUCACCUCCAGAGCUGCAGUCACAAUUCAGCGAUUAAUCAUUUCUAUAAUCCAAUCACACCCAGAGCUGCAGUCACAAUUCUGUUACAUCAUGUUUUAUACUCCAGUCACCUCCAGAGCUGCAGUCACUAUUGUGCUGUUACAUCAUGUCUCUACUCCAGCCACAUCCAGAGAUGCUGUCACAAUCCUGCUGUUAAAUCAGGUCUUAUACUCCUGUCAUACCCAGAGCUGCAGUCACACUUUUACAGCAUGUCAUACAGUCACACCCAGAGCUGCAGUCACUAUUCCAUUGUCACAGCAUGUCUUAUACUCCAGUCACGCUAUUGCAGCAUGUCUUAUACUCCAAUCACACCCAGUGCUGCAACCACAAUUCUGCUGUUACAUCAUGUCUUAUACUCCAGUCACCUCCAGAGCUGCAGUCACUAUUCUGCUGCUAUAAAUCUCCUGUGGUCACGCACCUAGUUGAUACCCCACAUCUAUAGAUGCGUAUAUUGCAGAAUUUUGAUUGCAGCUCUGAAUGUGACUGGAGCAUAAGCCAUGUUGGGAUUAGUAAGGGGUUCUUGGUUUUGAGGUGGAGGUUAAACGCUCAGUAUUGGAGCUGCUGGUAGUAUUGUACUAACGGGACACGCAGAUUGCGGUGUGAGCUGUGACUCGCCCCUUCCGAGGUCCUGUACUAACCACCCCGGGGGAGAUGCCCUUGUGUGGGCGGAGUCAUGAGGUUAUAACGUACAGACGGGGUGCAGAUAUUUUCUUUCUAUCCCUCGUGACUCAAACGACAGAUCUGCUGCUUCGUUACAAUGUCUCAUGAGAUUGCGCAGGAGGCGCGUCCAGAGGCGAUAUCGGAACGGUCUGCGGCAUGCUGAGAGGGGCGCUGGCGAGGAGACGAGAAUGUGACCGCUGUGGAGGUAUGCUCCUGCUUUACAGCUGCCGUAAAGUGAGCCUGAUGGCGCGACAAUGUAGCAGACGCAGGAUGUGGUCGGGGGGCUCCGCUGCUGCCCCUGCGCGCGCAGCUCUGUCCACUUUGGAUGCUUCUUGUAAUUCUUUUUGUAAUCUCCGUCUUUACAGUUUUCAUAAAAUAAUUGUUGACA